UUUGCAGCGAUGUUUGCACCCCACUUCACGUAGGACGCAGGACACACAGCUGGCUGCAUAUGUUUUUCUUCUUCUCGGGUGUACCUUGUUUCCGGAUAAGAGCGGAAACAAGCUCAGGCCACGCGACAUAGUUGACGCGUGUGAGCCCGACAGAGUAGGCCAGUUUUCUUGGGGGUCGGCUACAUUAGCGUACAUGUAUCGCCAGUUAGGAUUCUCGAGCCGGGUUGAUGCGGCAGGUAUCACUGGAUGUAUGACGUUGUUACAGACGUGGAUAUACGAGUAUUUCCCGGCGUUUCGACCACACCGCGACCCGGUUCCUAUUGGGGAUGGCCAGCCACGUGCCUGUGCGUGGAGUCCGCGUGUCGAGAAGAAGUCCAUUGACCGCCUGCGAUCGAUACGGUUAUUGCUUGACAGGAUGUCCCCAUUAGAGGUGAACUGGAUGCCUUUCGGCCAGAACCCUAGUAAUAGGGUACCCAGGACCCUCUACACGGGACUGAUUCAGUAUCGUGAGAUCGUAGAGGCGUACAUGCCGCAGCGCUGUCUUCGCCAGCUUGGAUAUGUCCAAGUUGUUCCUCCUCCACCAGCAUGGCCCAGUAAGGCCGUCCGAUCUGCGUCGUCGAAGGAGUACGUCGUCCAAUGGCCGGCAAGCAUGAUUGGCACGUGGGAGCAGUUUCCGAUGGUUGCCCGCAUAUGGAUUGAGCAGCUGCAGCGGCCGCCAACUGGGGUGGCUGCCAUGUGUGACCAGCACUACAUGGAGUGGUACAACCGGCACUCGCACCCGAGGUUGAUCAGAGACGUCCACCACGGCGACGACGCCGAUGAUGAUGAUGUGCCACCGCCCACUGCCGUGGAUGCGUGGAUGGGAAAGAUGACGCAGUUGGGACACAGACUUUUUGAGGAGAGGGACAACAUGACGACUGCAACAGGCAGAGCUGUUAUUGAUGAACUGGAACGGGCCCUUGAGCAGUGGCAGUGGGCGUCACAAAGAGAUUAUUGAUAUGUCGGCAGUGCAUUUAUAUAACAUUUUCCUAGUUGUUUGUAAAAGUUAACAUUAUCUAUUCUUAUAAUUAUUAUUUUAAGUUCUUAGAAUUUGACAUUAUAUUUUUAGUUUUUAUAAUUUUUAUUUUAAGUUGUAAUUAGUGGGCAUACGAAAAUUAAAUACAAGUUCACAUUUAAAUGGGAAAACUAAAUACGAAAAUUAGAAUCCGAAAAUUAAAUAAAUGGGAAAAACAUAGCAAUAACAAUAGAAGGUCACAUAGAAAAGGCAACUAGAUUGUUCCACUGCUGCACCCGGUCAUGAUAUAGCGCAUCCCAGCCCUCUACGCUUGCUGUACGAAUGGUGUACCACGUUGGUAUGAUCGGUGGGACCGGAAAAUCGGGUGACAGGUCCAGUCGGAUGAAAUGUCUGUAUGACGGCCCCAGAAAUCCAAUAGCAACCUCUCUUACCGGUCUGGUGACGGUCUCACGCGAACACCAAGGCAGAACCGUGGUACAUGGAUAGUAAGCUCCACCAUGCAAACCAAGGCCGAAAUGCAUCACUGCACACUUGUAGAUGUUUGCAACGGCGAAGAGAUCAAGUGGCGCGUCGAACCAAUGAUUUUGACCGCAACGUCCUCCUCCCCACCGGAUACGCUGCAGAGACCUAUCCAAGUCCUGUCCGUACACGUGGCGAUAAACAGCUCG